AUGGAUGCACCGACUGCCUUGCCGCGGCUUCCAAGGACAAACCGGGCGACAACCACACUGGGCCGCUUUCAAGCCGAGACUGAUGCAGAGAGCUUCGACGUCAACCUAAGGCUCAGCUGUGACGGGCCACGAAAGUGUUUGCAGCUCCUUUUCUCCCGCGAGAAGAAGACAUUGGGCUACAUUCCGACGGAAGUCAGGCCUGGCUCCUUUCUGCUCCGUGGAAUCUGGGUGAAUCUCGACCUCCGCUGCCGAGGGUUGGCCUCGAUCUUCUUGGCGUUGUGGAUUCAGAUGUGCGAGCAGCUCGAGGUGUCGAUGGCAACGGAGAGGAUCCACAAGCCCGUCCUGGCCAUCGUUCUCCAAAAGUUCGGAUUCGAAGCAGCCUCCCAGGGGUUUCCCGUGCAAGUCGCCGAGGGGGGCUCGGAGGACGAGCCAAGGAUUCUUGUCUGGGCGCCCUCUAGGGCACAGCUGAGCUCUUAUUUCAGCCACCGGACGCAGAAGGAGCAGGGCAUCAUCCUCGUCGAUGAGUGUCCAGCAAAGAGCAGGACGGCGAUGGUGAACGCGACUUUCCAGCCGGGAGCAGACCAAGGCAUCAUGAGGGCGGCGGCGGAAGAGGCACUGCGCGGCGGAAGGCUCGUUCUGUCCGAAAGCGACCGUGUAGUCAACUUACUUGCCGCCCUGCGCCACGGAGGCUGGCCCGAGUGGGCUGAACCCACACAGGUCAAGGUGGAUUGCGCAGAGCCGCCCGUGGCA